AUGCAAAUGCAGCCAAAAUUGUCGCACGUUAACGGAAAAUCAAUUGAAAAGAAAAUGCAAGUAAAAAGAAAAACAAGGUUCGCAAAUGAAUAUCUAAUAUGCUUAAUCUUUGAAAUUCCUCAAGGCAAAUCUUUUUUAUUUUCGCGAAACCCAGAUACAGAACUUUUUGUUCCCCUAGAACAUAUGCACCAUCCGAUCCAAAUGAAACCGGCUGAUAGUGAGAACCGUAAUGCGUUGUUAAAUGCAAAUAAUUUUUAUUACGGUUUAAUUGAAAAGACAGAAAAAAAAAAUUCGUGCGGUAAUGAUUACAAUACCGACAUGAAAGGAGAAAUGACAUCGCAAUGA